UUGAGCGCGGUCCUCUACUCCCCGACGAGACGUUCAAAUCUUUCAACUGGUCAUGGCUCACCGUCUAUUUGAGGGCAAAGCUCAUGCCGCUUCUUAUUGGAAGUACAGAGUUUCCCCAUCGGAUCAGCUGAUCCAGCAUGUGAUUACAUUUGUGGAAAAACAGAAAGGUGGACCCUUGUUGCUGGCCGUGGAUGUGGGCUGCGGCUCUGGGCAAGGUACGGUGCUGCUGGCCAAACACUUUGCGUCCGUGGUUGGCACGGACGUGAGCCCCGCCCAGCUGGAGGUGGCUUUGCAGCGUGCUCGAGAGCCAAACGUCACUUAUAGACAGUGCGUGGCUGAGGAGCUCCCGUUUGCCGACAGCUCAGUGGACCUGAUAACGGCCAUGUCCGCCUUCCAUUGGUUUGACCGACGGCGCUUCUUGCAUGAAGCCCACAGGGUCCUGCAGCCUCACGGUUGCCUGGCUUUGCUCAACUACACUCUGGAUAUGGAACUGGACUAUCCGGGCUGCUGCCUGCAGUCCCUCAACCAAGUUUGCAAAGAGUUCUACGCGGCUUUGCGUCCUUAUCGCAGUCCUCUUCUCGGUCCAAGUUCGAUCGACUUGUACCGGGAGGCCUACGAUUCCAUCCCUUACGCUGACAAAGAGUGGUGCGAGAACGUGUGGGUGAAGACGCCCAUGCCGCUCUGCGGCUUCAUGGGCUUUGUGGAAUCUUUCUCCAGCUAUCAGGCUCUAGUGAGGGAAGACCCCCAAAAGGCAGAGAAGCUCUCGCAGGACAUUUGCCAAAGGUUGAUGUCCAUCAUGAAGGUGACCUCCGCAGAGACGCAAGUGGUGGUGGGUGUCAAGUAUUUCUACCUGCUGGCAAGCAAAGAUGGCCCACGUGACAUAUAGACAAGGAGAAGCCUGCGCCAUUAUAACACGUAGCUGUUCAAAAGUGCUUUUAUUUUGAGGAAUUGUUGCUUAUUGUGGCAAAUAAAUGAAUAGCACA